CACAGUAAGCAUGUGUUGUUAGUGCCGCGGGGCCAGGGCGAGAGCGCACCGCGAUGGCCUACGACAUCAGCUGGAUCAUCCCGCGGCUGCGUUGCCCGGGGACCCUAUGGUCUUGCGCGAGCUCCUUCACCGUCGCCGUGGUGGGCCUCUUCAGCAAGCUAGUCAUAGAGUUCCUAAACAAGACCACGGUGUACAACGGCGAAGCUUUGAGAGAGGCGGUGUCGCGGCGGCCUCACGGCGUGCCACUGCUCACUGUCUCCAACCACCACUCCUGCUUCGACGACCCCGGGCUCUGGGGCGUGCUGGACUGCCGCGCGCUGGUGCGCGGCGCGCGCAUGCGCUGGUCGCUGGCGGCGCACGACAUCUGCUUCACGCGCGCGCUGCACGCCGCCUUCUUCGCGCUGGGCCGCUGCGUGCCCGUGGUGCGCGGCGCGGGCGUGCACCAGCCCGCCAUGGACUUCUGCGUCGAGCGCCUGCGCCGCGGCGAGUGGGUGCACAUCUUCCCCGAGGGCCGCGUCAACGCCGAGAAGGCGGCGCUGCGCUUCAAGUGGGGCGUGGGCCGGCUGGUGCACGACGCCGCCGCCGCCGCCGCCGCGCCGCUGGUGCUGCCCGUGUGGCACGAGGGCAUGGACCGCGUGCUGCCCAACCGCGAGCCCUACCGCCUGCACUUCCGCAAGCGCGUGUUCCUGCUGGUGGGCGAGCCCAUCCCGCUGCAGGCGCUGCUGGAGCGCCUGCGCCGCAGCCACGCGUCGGAGGAGGAGACGCGGCGCGCCAUCACCGAGCGCGUGCAGGAGGAGCUGCUGCGCCUGCGCGCGCGCACGCACGCGCUCAUCCGCCAGGCGCUGGGGCCCGGCGCCGACGGGCUGCUGGACGGCCGCGACGCCGACAAGCAGCACAAGCCGGCGCUCAACGGCGGCGGCGACGCCCGCGACGCCCGCGACGCCCGCGACGCCCGGGACCGCGAGCUCUAGGCUCCGCCUCGAUUUUGGAAUAUUUAUUUUUCUACCUUAAGAGAUAUUGCGGGCGCGCCCGCCCCUUGCGACGCCGCUCGGCGACGUCUCGACGAGCGUAACGCGCAUGAAUGACCUCGAGUUGUACACGAUCAUAUCACUUUUGUAAGCGUGUCCACGUGCGCGACCUUUAGGUUGUUGCCGUUCGGGCGCCGCCGCGGGCCCCUCCUGCAUUAUUUUCGAUUCUCGCUCCUGGCGACUGAGGCGCGGGGCCCGCGGCCGCGCCGACGCCCGUUGUAACCCCGCCGCUGUAGACGCGCAAUACCCGAAAUGCGAGUAAACCUCGGCCCGCCGCGCCCGCCCCUCGUCCGACCGACGCCUCGAGGGGACGGUUGUUCUCUUUGGAAUGCACGAAAAGGGUAUUACGCGCCUGAAUAACUGGCUAUUAAAGAAACCUAUGUAAAUUGUGCGGGAGCUGGCCGCCAGAUAAUCGACUUCAUUAAGUAUUGCAAAAAAGACAAGACACGUUAACGAGUGCUGCCAAGAACGGACGAUUAACCUACUGGCGCCAGAUAGACAGGAGCUGUGAAAAAAGAAAUAAAUCCUAAAGAUGACGACACAGCAACGUUCGUGCCCAACCAGCACUGGCAACGUUUUUCCUCUAGGAACGAACGGGUAGCAUUUCAGACUUCGUUGCCGUGCCGGCACCGGAGUGGCACGUCUCGACUCGGGGUCACCUCCGCGGUCACGCGGCGCGUCUCGCGCUCGGCUCCGCGCCGGGAGUGCAGCAAACAAAAGACGGGAGCAGUUGCGUGGCUACUUCGGUUGUUAUCAAUGUCUAACCGCUUGCAAAAACCAUUUGAACGAUUGUAUAGAUGUCCACGUGUGUAUAGCGGCUAAACGAGUGCGAAGCACCAAUGGUGUCGCGUGUCUCGCACCUCGACCGACGUCGCCGGCGCAACCUUGAGUUUUAAAUCGAUUUACCAUUUAGAACUUUUUGGUUCUAUAUUUUUUUAAUAUCAAGAAAUGUACAGAUACUAUUAUUUUAGACACUAAUGUAAAAAUGUAUACAAUUUAAAUCUCACCUGUAUUUUUUAAUGUUUAUCGAGUGUAAGUACAUUUAAAUGUGUAUUUUCCGUAAUCAUAUUAAUUCCCACCCCGACACGAUCUUUGUCGCUAUAAUGUAACAUAUCCGCAGAGGGCCGGCCGCCGGCUCCUCCUCGGAACGUCGUUUUGUAACAAGUUUCCAAUAUUUUGUACUAUAUAUCGUUGUAUAGAGUAAUGUCCAACCCGACAUGUACCGUUUUGUAAGCGAACUUUGAAAUGGAAAACUUUAUACGCCUACGUAUCUUAGUAAAAAAUUUUUUAUGUAUACAUACGAAAGGUUCGGCCGAAUCGUCUCUUAUAAGCAUUUACAAAUGUACGUACAAGAAACGCACAAACGUAUAGCACUAAGUCCUCGCCGCGGACGCAGCGGCGGC